CGCCAGGUUAACCGAGCGACGUAUUUUUGUUCCUGUGUCAACGAAAAAAAGAAGAAAAGAACAGCAGCUCGUGAAAACCCAACAAGUUAUUCCCAAAUAUUUAUUUUUUUCGUCGUACAUAAGCGGGAAUUCCUCGUGUGUGAAAUCUAAAAUCCGUUUUUUUGAAAUAACUCAUUUUGAAAAUGAACUCCAAUGUGGAGAAUUUGCCCCCACACGUUCUUCGCUUGGUGUACAAAGAAGUUUCAGCCUUAGCAGCGGACCCGCCGGAGGGUAUCAAGGUCUACCCCAGUGAUGAAGACAUAACGGAACUGCACACGGCCAUAGAAGGGCCCGAGGGAACCCCGUUUGCCGGCGGCGUGUUCCGAAUGCGCCUGGUCCUCGGUAAGGACUUCCCCGCCGUUCCUCCCAAGGGGUAUUUCCUCACCAAGAUUUUCCAUCCCAACGUGGGCCACAAAGGCGAGAUCUGUGUCAAUGUCCUCAAGAGGGACUGGAAGGCUGAACUCGGGCUCAGACACGUCUUGCUCACAAUCAAAUGUCUCCUCAUCCACCCCAACCCGGAGUCGGCUCUCAAUGAGGAGGCGGGGCGCCUACUCCUGGAGGACUACACGGAAUACGAGGCCCGCGCCCGCCUCCUCACAGAGAUCCACGCCAUGAUGGGACCCGGCUGCUCCUCUGGGACCUCGCAGGACCCGAACGACGGGCCGCAGCCCAAGAAGCACGCGGGAGAUCUCGGCAAGCGGGCGGGAGCUGGCGCGGCAGCCGUGCCCGCCGCUCUGGGGAACGGCGCCAGCGGACCCAGCACGACCGCCAGCAGUAGUAGCGGUAGCGCUGUUAACAACAUAGCCGUCAAAAAGAAAGCAGAUAAAAAGCGCGCAUUGAGGCGACUUUAAUGCAACAUUUUCAGCUUGUGUGUGUGUGUGCGCGUGCCUGUGUGCGCGUGCCUGUGUGUGUGUGUGUAUGUGUGGGUGUAAAUACAGAUAUCCAAUUUCCUUUUUUCAUUUUUUUUCCCUUCUCAACCACGAUCCAGACUGUCCACUUUGUACCAUAGCGUUUGACUUGUCAGAAUUAAAUUCCAAAUGAAAAUAUUAACAGGUAA